AUGAAGCUCCAGCCAUGGUCAAUUCGAGUCUGGACAAGACUCCCUCGUUUAUCCCUCUAUGGUAACUCCCGUAUAAGCAUCCGAAAUCUGUCCGCUUCUUCACAACCUCAGCACCGGCCUCUUAUUGUCCUCGAAAAUGCCACCCUGGACACCUUCAAGCAGCGAUGUUUCCUCCCCGAACAGCCUGCAGUUCUCCCGCCCUCUACUUUCAAAGACCUCCCGGCCCUGAAAAAAUGGUUCAAAAGCGCGAGUCCCAAGUCAACACCGGGCCCUUCGAGCGCAAGCCUGAACGUGGAGCAUCUCUACAAACACGGCGUUGACACCUUCGUCCCACUUGAACUCACGGAAUCUACGUCGACAGACGCUAAAUUUGAAACUGACAGCGGGAAAACUGAAACGCAUAGCUUCCGGCAAUUCCACGCGCCGCUCACGCUGUUCCUCGACUGGAUGCGCACGGCUGAGACCACUCACCAAUCAACGCGGCUCUACCUAGCACAAUGCCAGCUCCUAGACCUCCCACCCGUGCUCCGAGAAGAUUUUCCGACACCAGAGCUUGUGGCGCGCGCGGGAAAGGGCGAUAUAUAUGAUACGAAUGUGUGGAUUGGGCACCCCCCCACUUACACGCCGCUCCACCGCGAUCCGAACCCGAACUUGUUUGUCCAAAUGGCUGGGAAGAAGGUUGUGCGGCUGCUUGCGCCUGUAGAUGGACAGGCUGUGUUUGGGGCCGUGAGGAGGCAGCUUGGAAAGAGUGGGAGUCCAGAGGCAGCGGCUUUCCGAGGCGAGGAGAUGAUGCAGGGGAGGGAGAGGGCGUUGUUAGAUGAGAUGGUUUGGGGGACUCAGGUGUCUACUGGUUCGGAUGCUGGGGUUGGCUUUGAAGCGCACCUUGAGGCUGGUGAUGGGGUGUUCAUUCCUAAGGGGUGGUGGCAUAGCAUUAAGGGUGUUGGUGAAGGUGUUACAGCUUCGGUCAACUGGUGGUUUCGAUAG